CUAGCGUUUUCUCAACCAAUCAAAAUGGGCCACUUUAUCCACAUAUUUGAAAUUUCAAUAAUCUAACCCCAGGUGUGAUAAAUAGAGAUGGUAAAGAAGUAAUCACCCGCAGAAUAAUCAAAUCCCAGAUCCCGUCAACGUGGGACCCCUCGAUUUUGGAUCGAUAAAAAUAGGUCCGUGAAAGGAAAAUCACGGAGCUUUUUUCCUUUCUUUUAUGAUUGACCGUUUUGAAUUUGUACUAUCUUCUUCCACCACUCGCUAUAUACACUCUGAUCGCUUAACACUCGUCACUCAUCAUCACUGAAAGAGCGAGACCGAGGGAGAGAGAGAGAGAGAGAGAGAAUGGCGACUUCACAUUUCUCUGCGACUUCGCAUUGUAGUCCUGUUUCGAGAUUCGUCGAUUUCGGUUCUAGAAGCGGUGGCAAGUGGAGAUCGAAUCUGUUCUUGAUUCGGACCUUGAGGUCGCGGUCUCUUACGAGGUCGUUUUCGGUUAAAAAUGUGUCUAGCGAGCCAAAGACGAAAUUCAAAGAUCCGAUCUCUGACGAAGAAAAUCCAAGUAGUCGGAGUCCUUUCACUUCAGAUGCCUCAUCUAUCGCCUCAAGUAUCAAAUACCAUGCAGAAUUCACACCAUCAUUUUCCCCAGAGAAAUUUGAGCUUCCAAAGGCCUUCUUUGCAACUGCGCAAAGUGUUCGUGAUGCUCUCAUCAUAAAUUGGAAUGAAACGUAUGAGCACUAUGAGAGAUUGAAUGUAAAACAGGCGUAUUAUUUGUCAAUGGAAUUUCUACAGGGUAGAGCACUGUUGAAUGCAAUUGGUAAUUUAGAGCUGACUGGUGCAUAUGCAGAGGCUUUGACCAAGCUAGGACACAAUUUGGAGAAUGUGGCUCGUCAUGAGCCUGAUGCUGCACUUGGAAAUGGAGGUCUUGGGCGACUCGCCUCCUGCUUUUUGGACUCUUUGGCAACAUUAAAUUAUCCUGCAUGGGGUUAUGGAUUAAGAUACAGGUAUGGCUUAUUUAAACAGCGAAUUACAAAAGAUGGUCAAGAGGAGGUUGCUGAAGAUUGGCUUGAGAUGGGUAAUCCCUGGGAAAUUGUGAGAAAUGAUGUUGCAUAUCCUGUAAAAUUUUACGGCAAGGUUGUUAGUGGAUCAGAUGGGAAAAAACACUGGAUCGGAGGAGAAGAUAUAAAGGCUGUGGCAUAUGAUGUCCCAAUACCAGGAUAUAAAACUAAAAGCACUAUUAACCUUCGACUUUGGUCAACUAAAGCUCCAGCCGAAGAUUUGGACUUGUAUGCUUUCAAUGCUGGGGAGCACACUAAAGCAUAUGAGGCCCUUGCAAAUGCUGAAAAGAUUUGCUAUAUUCUCUAUCCUGGGGAUGAUUCAGCGGAGGGCAAGAUCCUACGGUUGAAACAACAAUAUACCUUAUGUUCAGCUUCUCUCCAAGAUAUCAUUGCACGGUUCGAGAGAAGAUCUGGAUCAAACAUAAAGUGGGAAGAAUUUCCUGAGAAAGUUGCAGUGCAGAUGAAUGACACUCAUCCCACUCUCUGCAUUCCAGAGCUGAUGAGAAUUUUGAUAGACUUGAAAGGCUUAAGCUGGAAGGAGGCCUGGAAUAUUACCCAAAGAACUGUGGCAUAUACGAACCAUACUGUUCUACCUGAAGCAUUGGAGAAAUGGAGUUUAGAGCUUAUGGAGAAGCUGUUACCACGACAUGUUGAGAUCAUAGAAAUGAUUGAUGAAGAGCUGAUAAAAACCAUUGUUUCUGAGUAUGGAAGAGCAGAUCCCGACCUUUUGGAGAAAAAACUGAAGGAAAUGAGAAUAUUAGAAAAUGUAGAUUUGCCUUCCACCUUUGCGGAUUUAAUUGUUAAACCCAAGGAAAGCUCUGUUGCAGCUAUGAGUGAAGAAACUGAAAAAUCUGAUGAUGAAAGCAAGCUGAUUAGUGAAAAAGAUGAAAUUGAUAGUGAAGAUGAGCCAGAAAGCAAAGGUGAACCCAAUGGCAAAGGCACUCAGAAGAAGGAAAAGGUGGUGGCAGAACCGCCACCAAAACCACCAAAGCUGGUCCGUAUGGCUAAUCUUUGUGUUGUAGGUGGUCAUGCAGUAAAUGGAGUUGCUGAGAUACAUAGUGAAAUAGUGAAGGAUGAAGUGUUUAAUGCAUUUUAUGAGUUGUGGCCUAAUAAGUUUCAAAAUAAAACCAAUGGGGUUACUCCAAGAAGAUGGAUCCGUUUCUGCAAUCCGGAUUUGAGUAAAAUUAUUACUGACUGGACUGGAUCUGAAGAAUGGGUUUUAAAGACUGAAAAGCUUGCUGAACUAAGAAAGUUUGCAGAUAAUGAGGAUCUUCAAACCCAAUGGAGGGCAGCAAAGAAAAGCAACAAGAUGAAGGUUGUGUCAUUCCUCAAAGAAAAAACAGGGUAUUCUGUCAGCCCCGAUGCAAUGUUUGAUAUCCAGGUGAAGCGUAUUCAUGAAUACAAGCGACAGCUGCUGAAUAUUCUUGGAAUUGUGUACCGCUACAAGAAGAUGAAAGAAAUGAGUGCUGCAGAAAGGAAAGCUAAGUAUGUUCCUAGAGUUUGUAUAUUUGGUGGAAAAGCAUUCGCUACAUAUGUGCAAGCCAAAAGGAUUGUGAAAUUUAUCACGGAUGUGGGGGCUACAGUUAAUCAUGAUGCUGAAAUAGGUGAUUUACUUAAGGUUGUUUUUGUCCCGGAUUACAACGUCAGUGUUGCUGAAUUGCUUAUUCCUGCAAGUGAGCUUUCACAGCAUAUCAGCACUGCUGGGAUGGAAGCCAGUGGAACGAGCAACAUGAAGUUUGCUAUGAAUGGUUGCAUCCUAAUAGGGACCUUAGAUGGGGCCAAUGUUGAAAUACGUCAGGAGGUUGGAGAAGACAAUUUUUUCCUCUUCGGUGCUGAAGCUCAUGAGAUCGCAGGGCUGAGGAAAGAAAGAGCUAAUGGGAAGUUUGUUCCGGACCCACGAUUCGAAGAAGUGAAAGAAUUUGUCAGAAGUGGUGUUUUUGGCUCUUACAACUAUGAUGAACUGAUGGGAUCACUAGAGGGAAAUGAAGGUUUUGGUCGUGCUGAUUAUUUCCUCGUUGGCAAGGACUUCCCCAGCUAUAUAGAAUGCCAAGAGAAAGUCGAUGAGGCAUAUCAGGACCAAAGUAGAUGGACCAAGAUGUCAAUCAUGAAUACAGCAGGUUCAUACAAGUUCAGCAGCGACAGGACGAUCCAUGAAUAUGCCAAGGAUAUUUGGAGUAUUGAACCUGUCAUAUUGCCAUAGUCGCCAUCACUUGAGUUGCUGUGUUGGUGGCGCCACAAGCUCAAGACUCUGAGCUUUCCGCAUCCGACUGUAAACGUUGAUUUGCCAUCCUGAAAUAAAUGUGGCUUUAAUAUUAGCAAUGAAAAAAAUAAGAGAGCUUGUAUGUGAAGUUCGACCGCUGCAAAAACAAAUAAAAGAAUGAAGUUCAAAAUAUCAUUCCUCCA